UCUGCAUCGCCGCCGCCAAAGUUCACUUGCCUUGUGCCGAAGGACCAUAUGGAUGUUUCUUGUCAGCCCUCAUAAAUAAAGUCAAGAUGCCAAUCAUUCCCAAGUCGUCAUAUUAUGACAAGAACUACAAGCAGUCCCCGGCCUUGAUCCGGGCGAGGCGGCCGUAUCUCAUCAAGAACAUGCUCACUGGUGUUGGCAUCUUUGCUUUCACCAUGGGAGUCUAUGCCCUCACGAUCAGAGCCGUUGCCCAGGACGAGUUCGAAGAUGUUAUCGUCCCCGACGCCCCAAAGAAGACGACACCCCAAUAGGAUAGGAAAGGAUUGUAACAAUAGGCGCUUAAGGGUUUACUUUUGCAAUUUAUGAGGAAGAAUGAAAUUCGCGGCAUGGGUAGGAGUGGACAUUGGGUGGUGACACAGUAUACGAUGGCUCAGGAGCGAACAAAGAUUAUAUUUCUCUCCAAAGUGGGCGAGUGGAAUCUCAACUUCAUUGUACUACUAUCAGUGUAAACCAGAGCAUGUACAGAAUAACCUGAUGUACAGUGUAUAUAAUUUCAUGGCGUCAUAAUUCGCCUUGCCUGCCGUCCCAACCUAUGCAGGGUAUCCAUCUCCAUUAGUGCAAUAAACCUCC